GAUAUUCGCUUCAGUUUGGUUCCAACUAUAAAUAAGCAAGAAGGGAGCAGCCAGUCCAAUGGAACUUCUUUGAGAGAAAAGGAAGACAAGAAGAAGAAGGAGUUGCAGAAGGAAAGCAAAGUAUUUGCAGGGAAAAACUACGGGGGAGGCUUUUUCUUCUCCUCUCCCCUUUUUCCCUUGAUCCUUCUCCUUCCACUUCUUUUUCUCUCUUUUUUCCCCUUCCAAUCUCUCGAUCUCUGCGUUUUUCUGGGCUUCAUUCGGUGUAUGCUGCGUCUCUAAUGGCAAUCCGGAAGGAGAUGGGGAAGUACGAGCCUGUCAAAGCAACCGACGACUGUGAUCUACCCAAUGACACUGCUGUUCUCAUCAAUCCCGGUUCCGUCACUCUUGUUUCGCUCUCCAAGCACUGUAAUCGGACUGAUGAAGACCUUGAGAUGGCUCUUCCCGAUUCCCACUCGAGAUCUUCUCUCCCGCUCCACAAUGCCGCUCCCGCUCCUUCUAAAGUCGAUGAUGCCCAAUUUUCAUCCACUGCCAGGCCCAUUCAUAGAUCUCCGGAGCAGUGCCACCGUCUCGUUUCCCUCGACGUCUUUCGCGGCAUUACUGUUGCGCUAAUGAUAGUGGUGGAAUAUGCUGGUGGGGUUAUGCCUGCAAUAAAUCAUUCACCAUGGAAUGGGUUAACCCUCGCAGAUCUUGUGAUGCCAUUUUUCCUAUUCAUUGUUGGAGUUUCACUUGCGCUUGCAUACAAGAAAAUUCCAAGCCGAGGCAUUGCAACUCAGAAGGCCGUGUUGCGGAUGUUGAAGCUUUUGUUCUUAGGCCUUUUUUUUCAAGGAGGCUUUCUUCAUGGCAUAAACAAUCUAACUUAUGGAGUGGAUAUUCAGAAAAUUAGAUGGAUGGGAAUCUUACAGAGAAUUGCAAUAGCAUAUUUUCUUGCAGCACUGUGUGAGAUAUGGCUAAAGGGAAGUGAUUAUGUGAAUUCUGAAGCUGCAUUGCGUAGAAAGUAUCAAUGGCAGUUGUUUGUGGCGGUCUUCCUCACGACGUUAUAUCUUGUCCUGUCAUAUGGGCUGUAUGUUCCUGAUUGGGAAUACCAAGUUCCAAGUCAAACUACUACUCAUUUGGCUUCUUCAAAGAUACUUUAUGUGAAAUGUGGCACACGUGGCGACACUGGACCAGCGUGCAAUGCUGUCGGAAUGAUAGAUCGUAAGAUAUUUGGAACUCAGCAUCUGUAUAAAAGACCUGUUUAUGCACGGUCUGAGCAAUGCAGCAUUAAUUCACCAGACUCUGGUCCACUGCCUCCUGAUGCUCCUUCUUGGUGUCAAGCACCUUUUGAUCCAGAAGGACUUUUAAGUUCAGUGAUGGCUGUUGUGACUUGCUUGGUCGGCUUGCAUUUUGGGCACAUCAUUGUCCAUUUCAAGGAUCACCGAGACAGAAUGCUUCAUUGGAUCAUUCCUUCUUCUUGUCUAGUUUUGCUGGCCAUUGGAUUGGACUUCUUAGGAAUGCAUAUAAACAAGGUUCUUUAUACAGUUAGUUACAUGAGUGUCACUGCCGGUGCAGCUGGACUUCUCUUAACCGGGAUAUACUUGAUGGUCGAUGUGUAUAGAUGGAGGCGGAUGUGUGUGGUGAUGGAGUGGAUGGGAAAGCAUGCAUUGGUGAUAUACAUUCUUGCUGCCUGCAAUGUGCUGCCUGUGGUUCUCCAAGGCUUCUACUGGGGGCAGCCUCAGAACAACAUCCUGAGAUUCAUCGGAAUUCAAACAUGAAGAGAAGACGACGGUGUUGCAGCGGCCGUAUAUAGCAUUUUGAGAGUGGUAGUCCAAAUGCUGCGAAGGUCUGUGGCCUUGGCCUUGGCCUUUGGAAUAUAUAUAACACAAAACCACAGCCUAGCCUGUCCAUUGGUGGUUGGAUCGAUAUCUUCUAUUGGAAAAGGGGAAUGAAUAAUAAUAAAAUAGAGACGAAACCUAUGCUUUGCUCGGUCGCUCAGCUCUGCUCGUCUCGUCUCGUCUUGAUAGAGAUUAGUUCAGUUUAGUUUAGUUCUGUGUAAAAUAUUUAGAUGGAACGGAAUCGAAGUUUAUAUAUUAUUUUGGUGCUGCCUGCUUAAACAAACACCACCCUCAGCUCAUUGUAUACCAAAUUCCUACGCCCGCCCUCCCUCCCUCCCGAUCCCGUAUAUACAUAUACAUAUAUAUAUAUAUAUUUACAGAAGCAAAACUGAGUGGCCGGAUUUAAAAGAAAAUGAGAUGACCUUUUCAAAA